AUGUGUGAGUGGGUUGAAGAAUCGGACUCGGAGGGUACUUACUUGAAAACAAAGAAAUACGAAGGAAAACUUUAUGUCAGUAUCAUUCCCGGAAACAUCAAGGAUCAUCUUGAGAGUCUGCAACAGCUGGAGGUUCGGGAAGAUGACACGUUCAUUCUGUCCUACCCAAAGUCAGGAACACAUUGGGUGUUUACCAUCGCCAGUAUGCUCCGUACCGGAAAUUCUGCUUAUAUAGGAUCUCCACACUUCUUGGACUACAACGACGUCGACUACUUGAACAAGUUACCAUCACCAAGACUUCUCGCCUCCCACAUGACCUUUGACAGACUCCCUCUUCAGGUCAGGGAAGGAAAAGGAAAGGUGUUUGUUGUUUCCAGGAAUCCCAAAGACGUUGCUGUUUCCCUUUAUACCUUUUUGAUGAAGUUAAAAACCAAGGAUUUCUCAGGAUCGUGGGAGGGAUUUCUCAGGUUUUAUAUGGAGGGUAAAAUUGUUUAUGGUUCUUGGUUCGAUACGCUUUUUGACUGGGAGAAGAUCAAGACUACGUACAAAGGAGACAAUAUCAUGUAUUUAGUGUACGAAGAAAUGAAACAAGAUCUCCUUUCCGAAAUCAAUAAAAUGGCGACCUUUUUAGGUGUGGAGUACGACAAGUCAUUUCUCGAGGAAGUCACUGAAAGAAACCAGUUUAAAACGAUGGUGAAAACCAUCAUCGAAGAAAUCAAACCACAAGACCAGCAGUUUAUCCAUAAAGUGUCCGACGAAAAGAAGCUUCCUAUCUAUAGGAAAGGAGAGGUCGGAGAUUGGAAGAACCAUUUUACAGUGGCACAAAAUGAAGCAUUCGACAGGCUUUACCAGGAACAAAUGCGAGACUGUAAAUGUACAUUCAGAUUUGAUUAG